UUGAUCUGUGUUAAGUUAUUUGGCAAAUAAGCUAUUAUCUUUCACCUGCGUUGACAUUAGGCUCAUUUUUCUGUUUGCAAUCAUCCAUUCAUCCCUGGUCUUCUUGAUUCCUUUUUCUUCCCUUGACCAUGGCUGCAGAACUUGUCGGUGGUGCUAUUCUGUCUUCCUUCCUUCAGGUGGCUUUUGACAAGUUGGCUUGUCGCGGAGUUCUGGACUACUUCCAGAAAAGAGGAUUGAAUGAAACUCUGGUGAAGAGGUUGAAGAUCAUGCUGUUAUCCAUCAAUGGUGUCAUUGAUGAUGCAGAGGAUAAGCAAUUCAGCAAUCCAAAUGUGAAGGCCUGGCUUUGUGAGCUCAAAGAUGCUGUGUACGAUGCUGAGGAUGUCCUGGGCGAGGUUGACUAUAAUGUCUCCAAAUGCAAACUGGAAGCUGAAACUCAAACUACUGUUACUAGCAAGGUACGAAAUUUUUUUUGUACUUCUGGAAGUUCAUUUGACAAGGAGAUAGAAUCAAGGAUGAAACAAGUGCUUGAAAACCUCGAGUUUCUGGAGAGUAGAAAGAUAGAUCUAGGAUUAAAACAAGGUAAAGGAGGUGUUGUUGGACCAAUCACGAAGGUUCAGACAACCUCUUUGGUCGAUGAAGCUGGAACGUAUGGCAGAGAUGAGGACAAAGAAAUAAUCAUUAACUGGUUGUUAAAUGACAAUCACUUUUUAAUCAUCUCUGUAGUGGGCAUGGGGGGGUUAGGUAAGACCACCCUCGCUCAACUUGUCUAUAAUGAUCGCAGAGUGAAGAGUGGAUUUGACCUCAGAGUUUGGGUAUGUGUUUCCGAUGACUUUGAUGUUCUGAGGCUAACAAAAAUAAUUUUCAAGAGAAUCAUGACAUGUAAUGAUGACGCUGAAGAUUUAGAUAUGCUUCAAAAUAAGUUAAAGGAGAAGUUGACAGGGCAGAAAUUCCUUAUUGUUCUCGACGAUGUUUGGUGCGAUGAUGAUAAAUCAUGGGAAGAUCUUCGAGCACCUUUCAUUGAGGGGGCUCUAGGAAGUAGAAUUCUUGUCACUUCACGUAAUAAGAAUGUCGCUUUGGCUGCCCCCUCAGAUCAAAUACACUACCCACGUCAAUUAUCAGAUGAAGAUGGCUGGAUGUUAUUUACUAAAUAUGCAUUUCGCAAUUGCCAUCCUCAAAAAAAUCUUGUUUAUCUUGAAGAAAUUGGUAGAAGAAUUGUUAAGAAGUGCAAAGGCUUGCCUCUGGCCUUAAAAACAAUUGGAAGUCUCUUGUACAAGAAAUUAUCUUGGAAGGAAUGGAAUGUCAUUUUGUCAAGUGAGAUAUGGAACAUUGCAUAUAACAAUAUUCUUCCUGCUUUGAUAUUGAGCUAUCAUCAUCUCCCCUCUCAUCUUAAGCGAUGCUUUGCUUAUUGUUCAUUAUAUCCCAAAGAUUAUGAAUUUAAUAAGGAGGAGUUAGUUUCAUUAUGGAUGGCUCAAGAUUUCUUACAAGUCUCACAUCCUGAAAUGGCAAUUGAAGAGGUAGUCAAUGAAUGCUUCCAGGAACUUGUGUCAAGGUCUUUUUUUCAGAAAUCUACAAUAUAUAACGCACGUUUUGUUAUGCAUGACCUUCUCAAUGAUUUGGCAAAUUUUGUAUGUGGGGAAUUUUGUUCAAGGCAAGAGGAUGAAGGAGUGCCGAAUAUUUCGGAAAAAACCCGUCACCUAUCUUUUUUAGCGCAAUCGUAUCAAAAAUUCAUACAAUUUGAGCAUCUGCACAAAUGUAGAAAACUACAAACAUUUGUGCGCCUUGGAUAUUUUCCAUAUUUACAUUGGACUUGGAGCAACAUAAUGCUUGAUCAAUUGUUGAAGUGUAAAUGUUUGCGAUUUUUAUCUCUAUGUAACAAUAUUGAUGUCGUGGAGUUACCUGAUUCCAUAAGAGAUCUCAUACAUUUACGGUACCUUGAUCUAUCUGGUAGUGGAAUAAGGGGACUUCCCGAUACAGUAUGUCUUCUAUAUAAUCUACAAACACUGAAGCUAAACAGUUGUCAAUAUUUGGAUGAGUUGCCUUCGGAUUUACAUAAAUUAAGGAGUCUGCGUCAUCUGGACUUGCAAGACAAUAGAUUGAAAAAGAUUCCUCCAAAGUUGGGAGAGUUGAAAAAUCUCCAAGUUCAUCUGACACCAUUUUAUGUGGGCAAGUUCACUGAAUCCAGCAUCAAACAGUUUGGUGAACUCAAUCUUCAAGGAAAACUUUCUAUUUAUGGGCUACAGAAUAUAGUUCAUGGAAUGGAUGCCUUAGCUACAAAUUUGAAAGGAAAAAAAUACCUUGAGGAGUUAAGCUUGCUAUGGAGUGAAAAUGAUAAUGAUGAUUCCCAAAAUGAAAGAGAUGUGCUAGAAAAACUCCAACCACACCAAAACUUGAAGAGGCUAUCAAUCAACUACUACGGUGGUACAAGGUUUCCAGAUUGGUUUGCUGAUAACACAUUGUCCAAUAUAGUGUCACUCUCGCUGAAAUAUUGCAGAUAUUGUUUCGUUUUACCAUCAUUGGGUCUUUUGCCGUCUCUCAAGUCAUUGUCCAUUGAAGGGUUGGAUGGCAUUGUAUCUAUGGAUGUUGAAUUUCAUGGAAGUACUGCUGUUUCGUUUGGAUCUCUUGAAUUAUUGAAGUUUGAGAAAAUGUUGAAUUGGGAGGGAUGGGAUUGUCAGACUGCUUCAAGAGCCUUCCCUUGCCUUAAAGAGCUCCACAUAAGAAAUUGUCCAAAGCUGAAAGAUAAGUUUCCCGAGCAACUUCCUUCUUUAGAAAUUUUAGUAAUUCAAGAGUGCCAAGAACUUGCAACUUUAGUACCAUGGGCUCCAAUGAUUCAAAGUUUGACACUUAGAAAAUGUGGGAAUUUACAGCUGGAAUAUAUUCCUUCCACUCUAAAAAAUCUCUCCUUUCAUGGACCAUGCACGAAUGCAACUUUGCUUGAAAAGGUUGAGCACAUUAUUGCUAACACCUGCAUUGAAGUUAUGGACAUUAGUGAAUGUUUGAAUUUGGAGUUUUCAUGGCAUCAACGUCAUGACUCACUUCGUGACAUACAAGUAAAAAGAAGUUGUGGGUCUCUGAGGAACUUGGCUUUGGAUCUAUUCCCUGCACUUAAGUGUCUGUGUCUUGAAGGGUGUGAUAAUCUUGAAAUGAUUUCUGUUUCAGAGGGAGGCAUGUAUGACCCAACAAGUCUUUUACACUUGGAAAUUGUGGAGUGUCCAAAAAUUGUAUCAUUUUGGGAAGGGGGGUUUUCUGCCCCUAAGCUACAAAGGUGUUAUCUCAGACAUUUGGGGAAUUUGAAAUCACUGCCCGAGUGUAUGAACAUUUUUGCUCCAUAUCUUUGUAGUCUAGAAAUAAGUGAUUGUCCGGAAAUGGAAUCACUUCCAAAAGGGGGUUUGCCAUCGAAACUUCUGUAUCUUCGUAUCAAUAAAUGCCCGAAAGUCAUUGCAAGUCGAAUGGAAUGGGCCUUGCUCAUGCUUCUCUAAGUCAGUUGGAGAUUUCAGAUGAUGUGGUGGAGUCUCUACCUGAACCACAACUGCUUCCACCUUGUCUUACUUGUCUUUUCCUCAAUAAAUGUUCCAAUCUCAGAAUGUUAGACUAUAAGGGUCUUUGCGAGCUGUCCUCUCUCCAAAAAUUGUCUCUUGAAGACUGUCCGAGACUCCAAUGCUUGCCGGAGGGCUUCCCCUGUUCCCUUUCUAAACUUUGUAUUUGGGGAGAUUGUCCGUUGCUUAAAGAACGGUGCCAAAAACUGAAAGGCCAAGAUUGGCCAAAGAUUGCUCACAUCGCUGACAUUUGGAUUGACCGUGUUAGACAAACCUGAGUUAAUGAAAAAGGACGAGUACCCCAAUCAUUUCUGCUUCCCAGUCCUACCCACCACUCAGAAAUAUAUGGAAUGGUUUGGGGGUUGAUCAAAUCACAUCACAAUACAUGGAAAAUGAGUGAGUAUCUUUGGCUCUCCCUGAAGGACUUCACAAGUAUUGGUUACUGCUUUUGGAAUGUUUCAAAACCAGCCUUGUUCUUUUUUCCCCCCCUCCCUGUUCAAGUUUCACGGCCAUGAACAGAGCAGCAUGCACAAUACAAGUUUUCUUCCUCAUGCUUACAUCAGUAGAUGUUAGAAUCUCACAAUGUUGGACUUCAAAGGUCUUUUCUUAAGAUUGUUCAAAGCUCAAUGCAUUGGGAAUCAGGGAUUGAUAAUGAUAUGCUAACUUGAUCAAUUUUUGAAGUACAAAUGACUCAACUACUGUAUUUCCUAGCCACCACACAGGAUUUACUCUGGUAUUAUUCUUGUUGAGAGCAAUGGAAAAUAUGAGCUUACUCUGGCAUUUGGGUUCUCAAUGUAAAGCAUCGCAAAUGAAGUCCAUGAAGAAGCUUUUUGCUGGUUCAACUCUGUUCUCUUUAAAAGAACAAAUGCUCAACUCAAAUGUUGCCUCUCAAUUUUAUGCAUUACGAAAACAUAUUUCAUUGCCAGGGCUUGUGGGUGAUCCAAUCACAACAUACACAAAGGGUUUGCUCGUUGGUUUUGGAAUGUUUGAAAACCAGCCUUGUUCUAUUUUCUGUUGAACUUCCACAGCCACAUCAAUGUCCAUGAACAAAUAAGCUUGCACAAUCACAAUUGUUUGUGUUGCUUGGAAGUUUCAGAUGAUGAUGGGGCAGAGUUUCCAUCUGAACCAGGUGUGUUUCUACAUUCUCUCAGUACUUUUGUUUACAUUAGUAUAUGUUGGAAUCUCACGAAGUAAAGUUAUUGACGGGAAAAUUAAGGCUUCCUCCACUCUGAUUCAGACACAUACUAACACGUUAUAUGUUUUCUUGAGAAUUAAUUUUAACAGUAAAACUAAAAAGUUAUUUAGCAGUAACAUUUAUAUAUUGAAAAUUUAAAAUUCACUCUAAUAUUCUUUCUUGUUGGGAGCAAUAAUAGAUGUUCUCACACUGUCAGUUGAGUUCCCAAACCAAGCCAUUGUUAAUGGAGCAUCUGAGGAUGCUUUUUGGUUCUCUGGCUUUGCAAUUCAAAUUUCUUCACUACGCACAUAUAUUUGGAAGAAUUUCAAGUGAAUUGUUAAUUAUAUGAAUAAUUUUUCAUUACUUGCAAUGUCGUCAAAUAUUUUUAAGGAACUGAUAGGUUUUACAUUCAUUGAUUUAUAGUUUUAUACUGACACAUAUGUCCCCUGCACUCUUUACGGAGAAUUGAGUAAGCUGAACAAGAACAUUUGUAGUUUGAUGAUACUAUCUAUCAUGGAUUUGUUUGAAGCAUUCAAGUGGGAUAUUUCCUUAUGUUUUAACAUCAACGAUUUGUUAGUUAUACAUUGAAAGUUUAUUACAGAGCAUAUAUUCUUUUUCUGAGUCUCCAAUAGUGCUGGAGAGAUUUUUUUUCAUAAUUAUAGGACACACACACACACACACGGGACUUCUGUGUAUAUCAUAUAUGGGACUUCUGUGUAUGUCUCUCUUUAUGGUGUCAAAUCAAUCAGAAUUACUACUAUUCCCUUAAAUUGAAA